AUGGUGUCAACAAAUCGACAGCGUGCAGCCGAGAAGGCUUUGCACGACCAGACCAACAUCCUUCCUUUCGCUCAGCUUAUGGUUGUGUUUUCGGGACUGGCGACGUCGUUGCUAAUUACCAUGUCGGAUCAGAAUGGUAUUAGUGUGACGUUGCCCACCAUUGCACGCGAUCUAGGAGCCGAGGAUACUAUUUCUUGGGCUGGUACUUCCUCUUUGAUUGCCAAUACCAUGUUCACAGUAUUAUAUGGCCGACUAUCCGAUAUCUUUGGCCGCAAGUCUAUCUAUAUCGGUGCAUUGAUACUACUUUGCCUUGCAGAUCUAUGCUGCGGUCUAUCGGUGAACCCGGCCAUGUUCUACAUCUUCCGAGGUGUGGCAGGUGUUGCAGGUGGUGGUGUCACAUCUCUGACUAUGAUUAUCGUUUCUGAUAUUGUCACUCUUGAACAACGUGGAAAGUAUCAGGGCAUUCUAGGUGCUGCUCUUGGCACUGGAAAUGUGAUUGGACCGUUCAUUGCCGCCGCAUUCAUUAUGGAUUCUACGUGGCGUGGCUUUUUCUGGCUCAUUUCUCCAUUAGCUGCGUGUUCUGCUGUGGUUGGGUUUUUUCUCAUCCCGAAUAAUGCGAAGAAAGUCAAAUUCCGAGAAAACAUUAAGCGUAUCGAUUGGUGGGGUGUGCUCGCCUCUUCAGUUGGUAUUAUCUUCUUGUUGAUUCCUAUCUCUGGUGGUGGUUCUUACUUCCAGUGGGACUCUGCAAUGGUCAUCAGCAUGCUCGUUAUUGGAUCACUAUCUAUGAUUGCUUUCGUCUUCAUUGAGUGGAAAGUGGCUUCAUUGCCUAUGCUGCCAAUGGUAUUCUUCAAGAAUAAGGUUAUCUGUGCCCUCUUCCUGCAAAGCUUCUUGCUGGGAGCGGUUUACCAGGCCUACCUCUACUACUUGCCUCUUUAUUAUCAAAACGGACGUGGCUGGGAUCCCAUUGUCUCCGCAGCCUUGACAGCUCCAAUGGUUACUUGUCAGUCCAUUUCAUCUGUUUGCUCGGGACAGUAUAUCUCUCGACUGAAGAGAUACGGCGAGAUUAUCUGGAUCGGAUUCGGAACCUGGACCUUGGGCGCUGGUUUGAUGCUACUUUUUGGUCGCGACACUCACCCAGCUGUCAUCGCCGUCAUUGUCGGUAUCACGGGCAUCGGAAUUGGCUUCACAUUCCAACCAACUUUAGUCGCCUUACAAGCCCAUUGCACCAAAUCCCAACGCGCAGUGUCCAUCUCCAACCGCAAUUUCUUCCGGUGUAUGGGUGGUUCCGUUGGUCUUGCUGUUUCGGCAGCUCUGUUACAGGCAUCACUCCGCUCGAAUCUGCCUAGCCAGCUCUCCUACCUUGCAGAAUCUUCUUACUCGCUUCCUUCUGAGUCGAGUGUCAGCGCAGAGGAGUGGUCUCAAAUUUUGUCAUCGUACUCAGCUGCUUCCCACUCUGUUUUCAUUCUCCAGGUUCCCUUGAUCGGCGUCUGUUUCCUUGCAUGCGCUUUCGUCCGUGAUCGCGGUCUUGAGCGAGUCAAGGACCCCGAGGAGAUUGAGGAGGAGAAGCGGAAGGCAGAGCUGGCUUCUAGGGACGCCGAGGCAGCUAUUCAUGAGGUUGAUGAGUCUGAAAAUCACGAGGCCGAAGAUAAUGUUGAAAAGCGACACUCCAUUUCGUCGACGCUCGCGGACUCAUCUAUGCCGCCAUCUCGUGCAGAGCCGGAACUUUCCAACUUGGAAGAGAAGCAAAGCGCCGAGCAAAAAUAA